UAUGAACAGUUUUUAAACUUCAGUCAACUAACUGCAUUCUAUUUCCUUAUCUAAUUUUAACUGCCGCUUUUGAUUGUUCUAUUGUUUUGCUCCGCACCACAAGAUACCCGGGAUUGCACUAAACCUAUAAAACUUUGUUUCCAGGUCAGUAAUUCUCUUUUUCCACUCUGAAACAUUAAACGGUGGAUUCUGUUUUACAGAAACUACAUCAAUGCUUUUGUAUUUGGAAUAGGGUUUUGGUUGCUUGUGUUUAAGUUGACCAGAAAGAUGAUGAUGAUCACGCCGGAGAAGGCUGGCGGGGGAGGGGCAACCGGCCUGUCAGAAAAUAAUGGGUUGGAUAAACAGAAUUGUUGGAUUCCAGAGACUCCUGUGAAGUCAAUGGAGAGGGUUUACAAAGGGAGGAUUCCAGGGAGAAGGACUGAUGUUGUGAAGUCAAUGGAGAAGAUUUACAAGAGGAGGCGACCAGAACGUGUUUCCAGGGCGUCAGAACAUCAGAAUUCUUGGAUUCCGGGGACUAUUCCAAAGCUUAUUCCGAGAAGGCUUCCGGAAAACAAUCAAGCCCUGAAUUCGGAAGAAAAGGCAUCAAUGAUGAGUUCAGGUUUUCCUUGUCUAUCGACUUCUGGUGGAUUUUUAGAUUUGAAAAAAAGCCCUGUUGAGUUGACAGUGCCAGUGCCAGAUGUUGCUACUUCAGGUGGGGGCUUGACUGAUGAACAUGCAAGGGAUCAAUUGUCUUGGGAGUUGAAUAAAAUUCUUGUUGAUUUAAAUUCACUACUAGAGAAAACUCCUGCCAGGCUCAUGAAUUCUUUCAAUGUGGCUAUAACAAUUACUCCUGAAACAACAAAUUCAACGCCACCAGGUGCUGCUGACUGCAAUUUGUCUGAGGAUUCCCAGAAUGACAGAAGCAUAAAAAAACCCGAAGGCUGGAACUUUUGGUACCCUCCUCUCUGGCCCAAUCAGCAUAAUCCAACAAGCACCUCAGAAAACUUGCUUAAGGGUGCAGAAAAAUGUGCAUCUCAAGAUGCAGAUGUUCAACUGAAUGCUGGUCACCAGAAUACACAAGAGGAUAUGAACUCCAAGAGGAGAAUGCCAAAACUAAAACCAAAGAAGAAGAAACAUAGACCAAGAGUGGUUUUCGAUCGAAAACAGAAGAAACCUCUACCACAACCAAAGACACCAAAGCCUGUAACUCCAAAAAAGAAAAAAUCAAGAAGAAAGAGUAACAAAAAUCAGUCGAGAGAUGAAAAAACUGUUCUGGCAACAGCUGAUCCUCAACCAAUCGAAUGUCCAGUUGUUAGCAAAGAAUUCGAGUGUGUUGAACUUCCUACUAAGAAAUGUGAAUUGGCUUUGAACUUCAACUUGGAAAAUCAUUUGAGAAAUGAAAAGAAUUCCCUGGCAGAUCCUCAAGCUGAGCCUCAAACUGAAUUUGAAUGUUUUAGUCUUAGAAAAGAAUUUGAAUUUGAUGGCCAUCAAUUUGGAGAAGUUCUCAAAUUCAAAGGGAAGAAUAAAAGGAGCAAGAGGAGGAGGCGGUUCUUAAUGAUAUACCUAAAUAAAAAGAAAAGAAGUAAGAGGAGACGAAGAUUGAAUACAUUAUUCCUCCUUACUUUUAUCAAAAUAAAAUUUCCAACAAAACGAAAUAGAUUGAGGAGAUUGCCUAGGAAAUGCUCCAUGUCUUUAUUAACAGCCUUUCCUAUAUGUAACCAGCUGCCAAAGCUUCCUCCCAAGCGAGCAGAAAAUGAAAACAUCCAAAAUAGUUCACUCAUUUAUGACCUUUCUGAGAAACAGCUGCCAAAGCUUCCUUCCAAGCAAGCGGAAAAUGAAGACAUUCAAAAUAGUUCAUUUAGUUAUGACCCUGAAUCUGAAUAUGUAAACUUUCAAGGGUGCGCAUCAAAAUAUGAGGAGUUCCUGCUCACCACCAAAUUUACAGAUGUAGGCUCUCAGGAAGUUUUGCAGGCAGAUCAUACAAGAAUUGAUUAUCAUAACUGGCAAAGCGAUUUUUGGCUUGGGGACAAAUCAAAUAGUUUAUGUGUAUAUCCUGACAUCUUACCUGAGGUAGAAGAGGUCUUACCUGAUCAGGAAGUCUUACAGAUUUCCCAAGAAAUCUCACGGGGACAGAUAAUUAAUCAGGAUUUGUCACAGUUGGGUUAUCCUGAAUAUUUUUUCCAUGGCUCUCCGGAAAUCUUACCAAGCAUUGGUUUCCAGGAAAUCCUGCCAGGAUCGAGAGCUGAUCCUUUUAUGCAGAAAAACACAUGGAGUGGUUGUUUUCAGGAGUUUUUACAAAGAAAUGAUAAUGCAGUUCAAAAAAUUGAUGAUGCUUUCUGGUUGCCUCUACAAUCAAAAGGUUCAGAAGCCCUACAACAAGUUAACAAUGGUGACAUACAAGAUCAUAGUGCAUUAGUCCCUUAUCAAAGGCCAGUCAUGCUUAAUAACAGAAAGCAGUCUAGGAAGCGUAAAAUGAAGCAUGAUUUUAAUGCAGAUGGUGCACUAGUUUUGUAUCAAGAGAGUUCUAAGCCUAAAAAGCUAUCAGCAAAAGUUGAUCUUGAUGAAGUCUCAUUGAAGAUGUGGGAGCAGUUGGAAAUAGGUAAUGGUGAUGAGGAAAAAGUGGAUGAGGAAAAGUGGAGAAAAGAAAGAGAAGUUAUGGAAGGAAGAAUUGAGUCAUUUGUUGCUCGCAUGCAUAUGAUUCUAGGUGAUAGACGUUUUAAGCCAUGGAAAGGUUCGGUUGUGGAUUCUGUGGUUGGAGUUUAUUUAACUCAAAAUGUUUCCGACAAUCUCUCAAGCAAUGCUUAUAUGUCACUUGCUUCAAAGUUUCCCCUUGGAUCAACUUUCAAUGGUGGAUCUCCAGAGUCAAGUGGAAGUAAUAAUAUGUCAUCAAUUGGGAGAGUUUAUGAUCCACAGGGUAACAUGUAUUAUGUUACUGAGCUUGAAUUAAAGAGGACUAAUACAAAUGUUGAAUCUACAAGUAAAAUCUGUAGCGUGGAAAUCUCUGCUUCUUUAACAAAGUUAUCACAACUUCUGGAAAGUUUGACGUUACACGGUGGAGACAAUAUUUUAUCCCCUGAAGAGCACCUAGGAGAUGCAUAUCAUGAAAAAAAGGCAUCAACCUCAAAAAGAACAAAUGAACCAAAAGAUGCCUUUGAAUCCAUCACUUUAACAUAUUCGAAUGAUCAUUUUGAACACUCGAUUUCUACUCCUUCUAUUGGUUUUGCAGAUUCUAAUUUGCAACAAUCUCAUGGUGCUCCUACCAAAUCACAAUCUACCCCAAGGAAAAAGAAAAAGGUUGAAGGACCUGAACCAGAAGACUGGGAAUUUAUGAGAAAGAUGUAUUCAAGUGGUGAACCAAGAAGUAUAGAUUAUAUGGAUUCUGUGGAUUGGGAAGCAGUUCGGUGCGCAGAUGUUAGUGAUAUUGCUGAAGCCAUCCAAGAUCGUGGUCAACACAAUGUAAUUGCAGGAAGAAUCAAGGACUUCCUUAAUAGAAUGGUUCAAACUCAUAAUUGCAUUGACCUUGAAUGGCUUCGAAAUGCUCCACCUGAUAAAGUGAAGAAGUAUUUGCUGGAAAUACCGGGAUUAGGGUUAAAGAGUGUGGAAUGUGUCCGACUUUUGUCACUUCAACAUGUCGCUUUCCCUGUUGACACAAAUGUUGCACGCAUAGCUGUGCGUCUUGGCUGGGUUCCUAUCCAACCAUUGCCAGAACAAAUGCAAAUACAUCUUUUAGAACAGUACCCAGUCAUGGAUCACAUCCAAAAAUAUCUUUGGCCACGGUUAUGUCAUCUUGAUCAAAGAACAUUGUAUGAACUACACUAUCAGUUGAUCACUUUUGGUAAGGUCUUUUGUACAAAGAGGAAUCCACAUUGCAGCGCUUGUCCAUUGAGAGGAGAGUGUAAACAUUUUGCUAGUGCAUUUGCAAGUGCAAGACUUGCAUUACCAGGGCCAUUAGAGAAACGAAUGGUGAAAUCAAAAUUCAACAAUGUAUUCGCUGAAAAUCCUCCCAUCAUUGUCAACCCAAUGCGAACCCAGCUCUUACAUUUUGGUGGUUUUAGUUAUGUUUCCAGUGGUUUAACUCUUGAGAACCAAGAGAAUAAUUGUGAAGCUAUCACUUUUGAGAAUCAACACAAUAAUUGUGAACCUAUCAUUGAAGAGCCACCAUCACCUGAGCGACAUCAUAUAGAAUCUUCAUACCCUAUAGAAUCUUCCUAUAAUAUGGAUACUUUUUGCAUUGGGGAUAUUGAAGAUGUCCCUACCAUUAGAAUGCAGGAGAGGAAAUUCCAAGAAAAUUUACAAAAUUUCAUGAAAAUAAAUAAUAUCGUGUUUCAAGAUUCUAAAGCUUUAGUUGCUUUGACGGCAGAAGCUGCUUCUAUUUCAAUACAAAAACUAAAGACUGUUGACCGAUUGCGGACAGAGCACUUAGUUUAUGUACUCCCAGAUAAUCAUGAGCUUCUGCAAGGGUUUGAGAGACGAUUAGAUGAUGAUCCCUGCCCAUAUCUUCUUGCUAUAUGGUCACCGGGUGAAACACCUAAUUCAAUCGAACCACCUAAGACUAGAUGCAAUUUCAAUGGGUAUAACUUGUGUGAUGACCAAACAUGUUAUAAUUGUAAUAGAAUUAGGGAAGAAAAUGCUGACAUUGUUCGUGGAACAAUUCUGAUACCUUGUUUGACUGCAAAUAGAGGUAGAUUUCCACUUAAUGGAACUUACUUUCAAGUCAAUGAGGUAUUUGCCGAUCAUGAAACCAGUGAGCGGCCAAUUAAUGUUCCCAGUAGGAUGAUAGCUAAUCUAACAAAGCAAAUUGCUUAUUUUGGAUCCACAGCUUCACAUAUAUCAAAAGCUUUAGAUAUGGAGAGCAUUCAAAGAUGCUUUUGGAGAGGGUUUAUAUGUGUGAGAGGAUUUGAUCGAAGAUCUCGUGCUCCUAGACCUCUUUUAGAAAGAUUUCACUGUUCACCAAGUAAAAUUGUUGAAAAGAAAAAACAGAGGGAUGAAGGUAAGGAAGGAAACAAAGUGUAAAUGAGAGAAAAAAAUUGCAAGGCUGGUUAAAACAUUCUGUCAGGUUUUGUACAAACAAAAUCAUAUAUAUGUGUUACAAGGUGAUGUUUUAUUUGAUUUUUAACUUAGUUUGUAACCUGUUAAUUUUUAUUCUCAAAAUAGAAUGGAGCAGUUUUAAAUUGAGUCA